AUGCCCGACGCGACGAGCACUGUCUCUGUCCAUCGCUGUCGAUUUAUAGACCUUGAUCCUUCUGCCAUCACUGCCAUUGCUUUUCCUCCGCUCCCCCUUCCCUCUAUCAAGCGCCAAAAGCAUUUUUCAAAAUACCCAGAAUUUGGAACUUUGGCCGUUGGACGUGCUAAUGGAAGUAUUGAUCUCUACGAAUGGACAGGUUCGAAAAACGACCCGCAGUCGAACCAAGCUUGGGUGAUAAGAAAGACUUUGCCUGGAUUGUACCCUUCAAAAGUCGAUUCUCUUGCAUUUAUCAUUCGGGAACCUCAUACAAUAAAAAAGGACCAGGUUCCGUCAUCUUUUGAUCUACGGUUAUUCAGCUCAGGAGGAGGCAGUGAGCUUCUGGAAUGGGAUAUAGAAAGUUCGACCAUACGGAGAACGAUCAAUUCACAAGGCGGAACCAUAUGGUCUGUUGCAGCAAAUCCUGCUGGAACCAUGCUUGCUUUAGGUUGCGAAGAUGGAACGAUUAGAUUCAUAUCCGUCGCAGACGACACUCUCACUCAUUCUAAGCGUCUUGAUCGCGUAAAAGGUCGAAUUUUGAGUGUCGCUUGGGGCCCGCCGAUACCGAAAGAGAGUACAAGUGAAGACGAAGAUGAAAACGACGACGACGACGAUGAAUGGAUCGACUCAUGGUUAGUAGCCGGCUGUUCAGAUAGCAGUUUGCGAAAAUGGGACGCUUCUACUGGUAGAAUGCUUGACAAAAUGGGCACGGAUAAAAUACGCGGGGAAAGGACGUUAGUCUGGACAGUAGCCACUUUAGGAGAUGGAACUAUCAUUUCUGGAGACUCGUUAGGCAUGGUGAAAUUCUGGGACUCGCGAACUUGUACCCAACUGCAGAGCUUCAGUUCACAUGGAGCGGAUGUUCUGUGUCUUACAGUAGGCCCGGACGGACUCGCAGCAUACUCUUCCGGCGUGGACCAGAAGCUCGUUCAAUACUCUCGCGUCAAGACCAGCCAAGGGUCCGAAAACUCUUCCGAGGUUAGAUCGAAAAUGCGUUGGAUGCAGACAUCCUCUCGUCGAAUGCACGCACAUGACGUUCGCUCUCUAGCAAUAUGGCCACCAUACACUCCUCUUCCUUCGUCACACAAGCGACAUUUUCCUUCAGACAUCGCGCCUGUCAUUGCAUCGGGCGGCUUGGAUAUGUCUGUUGUUGUCACUCCUGCCGCGCUUCCAUCGAGUACAUUAUUGUCUAAAGUAAUUAACCCGCUUGCAACAAGCGUACACGCUAAUUUUGACGAUUCAUAUCAUCGCCGUCUCGCUUAUUCCUCUGGACCCUCGUCCACCUCUGCCAUUCAUGUAGCUCGCCAGGCGCGUCUGGUAUCAUGUAUGCAGGAAUCGCGUUUGAGUAUAUGGAGAAUCCUCAAAAGACCUUCUUUAUCGGACGAAGACGAAGAAGAAAUGAUGGAGGAGACCGACUCUGCUGAUUGGGAGAAAUGUGUAGAGAUGGAAUUGGAUGUCCAUACUAACCUUGUGGCUUCUGCGAUAUCGGAUGAUGGAAAAUGGCUCGUGGUCUCCGAUUUAUAUGAGACCAAACUCUUUCGUUUAAUAACCGAUGCUGAAGGACGAGUAAAGCCUAGACGAAUACGAGAUUUUGCUUCAAUAAUCUCACUUCAUCUGCCGCAGAAACCCGCCUCUACAGGUGGCCUAUCUUUUGCCUUUACUCCCGAUUCCACAAAACUGGUUAUGUCAACUGCAUUGACAUCGUAUAUCCUUGUCAUAGACAUUAGCGAGGAAAAGCCGCGGGUUCUGCGGAAGUUUGACCACCACCGACAGCGAAAUAACCUUUCAAACGAUCGGGUUACGAAAGACCUCAAAACAAUCAAUGAUGACGUUGAAAUGGGCUCUGAUGUUGAGGAAGAUAGUAGCGACGACGAUGAUUCACCUCUUCUAGGGAGUGUUACCCGUAUGGCUGUCAGUGCAGAUGGACAGUGGUUAGCAACGUCAGAUGAUCGCAGUAGAACUCACAUCUUCAACUUGGACUCCAUUCAGCAUCACUGCGUUCUGCCAUCCUUCUUGCAUCCCGCCCAAUCCAUCGCAUUCAGCUCUUCUAAUCCCAACCUCAUCGUCCUCGCUUUCCCGAACAACACCUUCCAGAUAUAUGAUGUUGAAACACGUCAAUUCCCUUCCUGGGCUCGAGAGCUAUGUGACAAUCUUCCCAAAAAAUUCACACAUCUUCACGAUCCCAUUAUCGGUGUUAUAUUUGAGCCUCUAGUCCCUGGUGCACCUUCAAAGUCGUCCGGGAGAUUCGCUGUCUUUUGGGGAUCAACUUGGCUAUGUAAAAUCAAUUUCGACGAUGGUCCCAUGAAGAGUGAUGACUUUUCGCGGAAGCGUCGGCGGGAAAACUACAAACUGCAAAAGAAUAACCAUGAAGGUUUGGAGGAGCAGCUGAAGUUGAUCACGCAGUACCGCCCCAUAUUGUUCGUUGACUACUUGGGACCUGGAGAGCUGAUUGUAGUAGAGAGGCCGUUGAUUGAUGUGCUUGCUACAUUACCGCCCGCGUAUUUCAGACACAAGUACGGUGCUUCGUAG